AUGGCCUCGGCCCCAAAAGACCCCAAGGCCCGUGGGACUCGAUGUAUCAGAGACGAGAUCCAACGACUUGCCAAUAAUGGCCUAUAUGCGCUUCCCGUCUCUGUCUCGUGGGAUGAAGAUAAGAGCAAGAAGAAGGGUGACUUCCCUCACAGCUAUGCACACAUCAAAACACCGGAAGCAUGGGAGCGGUCCAUCAAUCCUAUGAUGAAGGAAAAGCGAGAUGCAACCGGGCUUGCAAUACUUGCGGGAGUUAGUAGAGUGUACGUGGUUGAUAUCGACGUAGUUGCAAAGGACGAGAAGCGACCGGGGAUCGAGCUCUGGGAGCAACUUGUUAGGAUCCAUGGAGAGCCAGAGACACUCAAAGCGAGGACCGGUUCUCAUGGAUUGCACUUGUACUUCAAGCUCGACUCGCCUCAUCUCACGUGGAAACAGAACUUUUCAGGUGUAAAGGUUGACAAGCAGACCUUUGGCAUCGAUGGAAGAGGAUUGGGGGGGGUCAUAUUCGCUCCACCGACAAGCUAUCUAAAGGCCCACGGCGAGCUUGCAACAUAUGAGUGGAUCAAUGGACCUCCUAGCUAUGAAGCGUGCCAGGAAAUGCCAUUUUGGCUAGCGAAAUUGGUCAACAAUCAUGCUGGCCAACCUGCAAUCACGAGCGAGGGGGGAAAGGAAACAACUGACAGAAUUUCGGGAGCAAGCGCCGAGGCAUCUCAGCCUGGAGGUGCCAAAAGUCCUACUUUUGAGAUAACUGGCACAAUCUCAGACACGUAUUCGCCACACGGCAAAGAGCUUCUAUUGGAGGAGCUAUCAAAGAUGUUAAAGAAGGCCGGCGACUCGACGAGUACGUACGCGAGCUCGUUGUCACAUGGCCUCUACGGCACUUACUAUUGCUAUCGAACUUAUGGGCCUCGAAGGUGCUUUCUUGGUCAUCAACACUCAGGGAGCAACAAUUUCAACCUGCUCAAGAGGGGGCGCAACGUGUACUAUCGUUGUCAUGGCGUCGAUUGCUCCCAUAAGCCGCCCAAAAAGUUGGGGGUCCUGGAGAAUUUGAAGGCGGCUUUGCAAGAUGCCACCACAGAGCCGGUCGACCCUCACGACGACAUGCAUACAAUCACCCAAUACACAAGAGGAAGCCAAGAGGUUCAAGAUUUGCUCCUUCGAAUCGUCGUUGAGCAUGCGGCUCCAGAGGCAUAUGCCAACUUGGGGCGUCUCUUUGCCUAUCUGUAUAUGAUCGAGGGUCGAAUCCUCGUGACCACCAAUGAGGCAGAUUCAAAGAGCCGAGGCCCGCUCUUCUAUGUGUGGAGCGGCACAUCAUGGGUGCAUGACACCUUCAACUUGGUUGCGGGCGUGUUCACAAGUCAGAUGGGCUGUCUCUUGGCGUGGUACGAGCGGCAACGAGAGAGAUGUUUGGGCACUUUGUAUGCAAGCCGUUCUGAAUUAGAGGGCUUUGUUGUUGGCGGUGUCUUUAAGCGUCUCGACCGUGAAGAGGUCAAUCCCAAGCAGAUGAAGAAGAUCAAGAUGGCCACGGAGGCAUGCACGAAGGAGCUCGACAAGAUCAUGCCCAGCUUUGGAAAGAUCAACGUCCAGGACCCUUCCGACGUUCGCAAGUGUAUGCAGUCUGUGGUCACCGAGUUGCGUGUUGAGGGAUUGCUCGACCAAUUCGAUCAAGAUCGCGCGGUUGCAAAUGCACCGAAUGGGUUGAUCGACCUAAGAACGGGCAAGCUCCUGCCCCACCAUCCUCACAAUCUCUGCAAUAAUCAGACGAGUGAGUAUAUCUCGGGCGCUUCCACGUGGCCCACUGCGAGAUUUCGGUCGUUUCUGAUGGAAGUUCUUCCACCGGAGGCGAUUGAUUGGCUUCAAAUGUUUCUUGGAUAUUGUCUUACCGGUGAGACGUCUGAGGAGCUUUUUGUCAUUGCCAAUGGCUUAAGCGGAGCGAAUGGAAAAGGGGUGUUGAAACAAGCGCUUCGAAAGGCCUUUGGAAGCUACAAUUGCGCCGGUAAUAAGGCCAUUUUUAUCAAACCUACCUUCAAGGCCAAUGCUUCUGCUGCAUCGACUCACCUCAUGCAGAUCCGAACAAAGAGGUUUGUUACAAACGACGAAUCAGAAGGGGUCGAAGAGUUGCACGCGUCCUUUGUGAAGGAGGCAAGCGGCGGUGGUGCAGCAGACACCCUCGACUUUUGCGUUCAGGGAGCGACCAUGUACUACGCCAAAAAGGCAUUGGCUCCGGCCUUGAAGGUUCUUUCGCCGGUCCCUCAAGAGUUUAGCGCGGCGGCAAAGGAGUAUACGGAGGAGAACGACAAGGCUUGCAUGACUGAGGGCGCGGGUUUAAGUGUUGCCAAGUCCGAUUUUGUUGAGGCUUUCACGAACUUCUUGUAUGCGGGCGGACACGACGUAAAGUUGGCGGGUGACGGAUUGGCAAGAGCGAUGUGCUUGAAGGGAUUCUCGCAAAAGCCGCCGGGUGGGGGAAACAACCCGAUGAUCAGGACGCUCGAUGGUAGGAAACGAGGAAGAGGCUUCUUUGGGAUCCGUUUGAAGACCGAGGAGGAAUUGAAACAGACGGAUGCGCAGGGGAAGGUCCGCAAAGGGACCUGA